UGCGUGGCCAGGGCAGUCGAUAGGCGCACUGGCAGCGAACUACUUGCAUUCGCAACUAACCUCAAAAUAUCUUAUUUAUAGUGUCGGCUCGGGGAAGCUCCCGGACCGGACGAGUUCCGUCUCGGAACUUCGUUUCGCGAAUGCUUGGCGAACCGUUCUGAGAAAAGUACGGGAACCGCCGUACUUCCGUUGUCGUGACUCGUGUCGAAUCCAAGUCCUCACCUGAGAAAACUGAGGUAUAUGGAUUGCUGUGGAAAGUGCUUGUCGCGUUCGAAAGAUGGGUCAUGGUUCAAGCCGAUCUGCUUCAUCCGCGAACAUCCUUUCUGCGGACGAGCUGACCUUGGUGGAGAAUCUGUUCAAGUCCAUGUCACGGAGUUCCGGUUCCAUAAAGCGCGAGGACAUAUUUAAGCACUGGUCCACCCAUUUGGACGACGCGCUGUUGCAAUUUGUAGUGAAGUUCCUUUGUCACGAACCCGGGAAAAGAGUGUCCGCCAUAAACGGGGAGAAUUUUGGGAGACUGUACGUGUUUGCCAUUCGUGGCAGCCCAGAGGAGAGGACCAGUCUGAUUUUCAAUGGCUUAUCGGAGGAGGAGCAGAAACAUGAAAUACCCACCGCGACGUUCCUUCAGUACGUUCAAGCCACCAUUAAUUCCUACCUGAGAUUGCAAAAGAACUCGGGCAACGUACACUACUUAACGUGGAGCAGCAUCGGCUGCACGGUAAACACUAGGAGGAUAGGGAUGCGGUCCAGAAGUUUAUGUGAAGAUCUAGUCAAACACGGUGAAACUCUAACUAUGGAUCAAGUGGAGAGCUGGUUCUCCGCAGCAGCUACUUUCAAGAUCAUCCAAUCGCACGUUUUCCAGUGCCUUUUCUUGGUCUCUCAGAAGAAAGGUGACAAGAAUACAAGCAGUAGAAUAAACGACCUGAACCUCUUGCCUGGCUGCAAGGGCUUGGAGAAUAUACCACAUUUCCCCAGUAUUCUAGGGCUGGGUGACGUUUUGUUCUUGAAUCUGAGCUUGCCCCACGAGCUUCGCAACGAAUGGCGAUUUCUAUUUUCUAGUCAAGUGCAUGGGGAAUCAUUUUCCACGAUGCUUGGAAGGAUCACCAUGCAAGGAUCGACCAUUAUAAUACUUCAGGAUACCGAUGACCACGUGUUUGGAGGCUUUGCCUCCGACAGUUGGGCAGUUGGACCAAAUUUCAUUGGAAACCAAUCUUCCUUUUUAUUCAAACUCGAGCCAGAUAUACUUACGUUUUCUGCCAGUGGCUACAACAAUCAUUUUCAAUACCUAAAUCUUUAUCAACAAACUAUGCCUAACGGUUUGCUUAUGGGAGGGCAGCUGAACUAUCCAGGCUUAUGGUUGGACUGUGAAUACGGAACUGGAAAAUCAAGCGUGUCCUGCACAACAUUCCAGAAUUACGUGCAACUAAGUGGCAAGGAGAAUUUCAAGAUUAAGCACUGCGAGGUUUGGGGCGUGGGCCCUAUCCCAGAAGUUGAGGAGGAAAGACGGGACGCGAGGUCGAUUUUGGAUCAAGAUGUUGCCUCGAAGACCAUACUAGAGAUGUCCGGCCGCAAGAUGUACAGUGACGGACAGAGAGAAAAGAAGGAGUAAUUGUGAUACUAGAAAUCUGUCAGAUUCCAUGAGAAAGAGGAAGAAAAGGACACACGUCAGGCUAUUCAGAACUGUAUCAGCUUUUCAGAAACAGAAGGAUGUCAUUGUAAAUCAAAAACAGAAGGAAAGGAUGCUUUUGUGGAAUCGUUUCUCUCUCCAACGGUAUAAUACUACGAAUUAUUGAAACAACGUUCGCGUUUUCUCAAGCUUGUACUCUCUUUUUUUUCUGUCUAUUUGCUAGCUGAUGUUUUUGAAGAAAAAAAAAAAAAGAAAAAAAAGAAAAAAUUCCACGUGUCUGUAACGGCCUGAUCUCUCGUACUAGCGUCAUUUUCAAUUGACUCUGCAAUCGAUGGAGCAACAUUAAAAAGAAAAAUAUACAGAGAAAAAAAGGAAUGAAUGAAAGAGAUUAUAUCGUGCGAGUUGCUGUGUCUUUUGAAUGCCUAUUAUCUAGUGCCUGGUGAGUCAUCAAUCAUUUUUAAUCGGACUUAUUGAUACGCUAAAUAAAGUCUGUCGACGAGGAGAAACUUGUACAACACAUAUUCAUUACUAUUGUUACAUAAGACUGUAUGUAUGUGUGUACGUGUUAUUCGUAUAUGAACCACCUGGCGGGCAACGUUCACUCUCUGUCCUGUCGGGAGAACAGCCAAAGAGCAAACACUGUUGUUCAGUAUAAUGCUAAGAGAUCAAUAAAGAAUUGAAAUCUCGAGA